ACGUCGGCGAGGGGGACAUCAUUGGCCGCUCGCGGCUCGUCCCACCGGCUCCUGGCUGCUCCUCAAGGAGCCGAGGUGCUGGAAACGCCGGGAAUUGCCCCUAAAAGGCCUUUUCCAGCUCCUCUCCGCAGCUGGCUACCAGGACGGCGUGGGGAGAUUUCUCAAGAGACCUGGGAAGGAGAAACGCGAAAGGCUUCGCUGCUGCCGAGCCGCAGCCGGCCGGCGGCCAGGCCCUGCCCCAGCUCCCUGGGAAACGCCGGCACUUCGAGGAAGAGCCUGGCACCGCCGGGGUUUGCCGGAGGAAGGCUGGAGCUGGGCGCGGUGGUGCCGGGGGUGUGGACCCUCAUAGAGAGGACCCCACCUCUGGCCGACAUCCCUGUCCGUGUCCCUUUCCCGGUGACCUUGAACCCUGCAGCCCACGCCGGCCCAGGAAACUUCCCGCUCCCAGGGACGCGGCGCUGGGGACAUCGAGGCGGCCUCAGGACCGGGGCUCAGCGCCCGCGGUCCCCGCUUCUCCGUAACCCUGCAGAGCCGCUGGCCCCGGCUGCCCUGACUGCUGGAGCAGCGCCAGCCCCAUCUUACAGCUGGGGAAACUGAGGCACGGCGGGUCAGGCCCUGGUGUUUGCCUGCUGCCGCAUGAGCCAGCGGCCAAAAGAGGCUUGUGGCUUGGAGCUGCUGGGGUGAUGGCCGAGGGUGGCCGGGCCGGGGUCCUGGCUGGGAGGGGGCUGGGGGCCGCUCCUGACAGCACCCAGGGUACGGCCGGCCCCGGCAGCGAGGGGCUGGCGGCCGCCCUCAGUCCCGGCAACGUGGAGGACCUGUACGAGCUGCUGGAGAAGCUGGGCAGCGGGCACUUCGGCGUGGUGAAGCGAUGCCGGGAACGCAGCACCGGCGCUUUCUACGCCGCCAAAUUCGUGAAGGUGCGGCGAUGCCGGAGCAGCCGCCUGGGACUGGAGCGGGCGCAGGUGGAGCGGGAAGUCGCCAUCCUCCGCCAGCUCGACCACCCCAACAUCAUGCGGCUGCACGACCUCUUCGCCAGCAGAGCCGAGGUGGUGCUCAUCCUGGAGCUGAUCGGCGGCGGGGAGCUCUUCGACUUCAUCGCGGAGAAGGAGAUGCUGUCGGAGGAGGAGGCCAUCGAGUUCCUGGGACAGAUCCUGCGCGGGGUGCAGUACCUGCACGACCGCCACAUCGCCCACUUCGACCUCAAGCCCGAGAACAUCAUGCUGCAGGAGAAGGACGUCCCCAAACCCCGCAUCAAGAUCAUUGACUUUGGGCUGGCCCAGCGCCUGGAGGACGGCGUCACCUUCAAGAGCCUCUGCGGGACCCCGCAGUACAUCGCUCCCGAAGUGAUCAACUACGAGCCGCUGAGCUCCGCGACCGACAUGUGGAGCAUCGGGGUCAUCACCUACAUCCUGCUCAGCGGCUUGUCCCCCUUCCAGGGUGAGACCGACGCCGAGACCCUCUCCAACAUCGUGGCCGGUGCCUACGAAUUUGAGGAGCGCUGCUUCAGCCAGACCUCCGAGAUGGCCAAGGACUUCAUCCGGCAGCUGCUGGUGAAGGAGCCGGGGCAGCGCAUGACGGCGGCCGAGUGCCUGGUCCAUCCCUGGAUCAAGCCCCUGAGCCAGAAGCAAGCGGCAAACCGGAGCCGUUCCUCCAUCAACAUGAAAAACUUCCGCAAGUUCAACGCUCGGAGGAAGUGGAAGCUCUCCUACAACAUGGUGUCCGCCUGCAACCGGCUCUGCCACACGCGGCUGCUCUGCGGCCUGAGGAAGGAGGACGAGGAGCUGCGCCGCUGCGAGAGCGACCAGGAGGAGGAGGGCAGCCACCCCGUCACGCUGCUGCGCCGGCGGAGAAGCAGCUGCUCCUGAGCCCCCCCUCCAUGAGUGGAGACGGGACCCCCCCCUGAGAGCAGCCAUCCCACAGGAGGAGCCCUGGGGGCCCCCCCGGUCUCCCCAUCCCGGGCGGGGGGGCGGGGAGGAGCAGUGUCCAGCCCCAGUGCUCCCA